AUGCACUGCGCAGAUCAGCCAGCCGGGUACUGCGCUGAUGCAAGCCCAGGACGGAGAGAGCUACGAGGAGACGGUGGAGCAACCAGGCGCAGCCAGUGCCUUCGAGCAGCUGCCUUCCGUGUGGUUUCAUCAUCUUUGCGCCACGGCGGUGUGGAUCUCCUUGGCAGGAGCGCUGCCGUCUUCCAGACCUCCGCUAAUAUCAUCUCGGUGGUGUACAUGCUGCUCCUCUUCUGCUGCAUCUACACCGCAGGCGUCACCAAGCCGGUGCCGCUGCGGAAGCGCAUGAAGGUGCUCCGGGCGGUCCGGGGCUUCAACAUGCUGAUCAUGGUGAUCUGGGCAAUCUACCAAUGUCCAUCACUGCCCUGCCCGCUUUUGCUGCAGCUUGCUGAUGAAGGCAGCACCGCCUUCCUUGGCCCGACGCAAUGCGUGUGGCUGGAGGCACACCCCUCGCAGUCCUCCUACGGCGCUGGCGUCAUGCGGGGUGUCAGCAUCGCACUGCAGAGCGUGGGGCUGCGCAAGGUGGCCAAUACAAUCUUCUUUGACUGGCUCAACGUCUUGAACAUCGCCAUGUUCUUCAGCGCGUCGCUGCUGGCCAUGAUCUGCUCACGCUGGGAGCGCCAGCUGGCAGCCCAGCUCGAGGAGGACGCCCUGGAGCUGCAGCAGCGCUCGGGCUUCUACGUGCAGCACGUGGCGCGGUGGCGGUCCUUGGAGCUGCAACAGGUCGCUACUAAGCACUGGGUGCUCCGGGAGAAGCUGCGGGACUUGAUCGAGCACCUGAAUAACCUACGCGCGUUCUGGGCCAAUCAGGGCCGUGGCAAACCGUUGACCAAGGAGGAAAGCCGGCGGCGAGCGCGUGUGCUGGACCUGUGCCUGCGCACAGGCGCGCCCCCCUCGGAGAUCGAGCCAGUGCUCGGGCAGUUCGUGGAGGCGGCAGGCGUAGAGGACGAGACGGGCAUGGACGAUGUGACUUAUGAAGUCUUGCAGAACUGCGUGAUCCAGCUGAUGAGGGCCCGGGAGCUGCAAGUGCUGCAGCGCAUCGCCGACGCGGAGGUCCGGGCCCGGGAGGACGAGCUGAUGGAGAAGUGCCGAGCCCUGAAGCCAGCCGAGGAGGAGAGCGAGCCACAAGAAACGGAGGCGGUGGCCGGCAGUACGAAAGAUGCACAAGCUGAAGCAGAGCUCCCGGCGGAGCCAGAGGCUGCGGCUCAGUCUGGCGAGCGUUCGGAGAGGCGCCACCAUCGCGCCCAGUGGAGCACGCGCAGGAGCUGGUGCAGCGUACGCGGCCCCUGCUGGAGGCGAUCAUCGAUGAUCUGCUCUUUUGCCGCCUGGGCGACGCCACGUUGCAGGAGCACCGCAACAAGAACAGCUUCUUAG